CAGUCACCAAGGGGUAUCUUCAGGUAUUUUUUAACAGAGUCGGACAAAAGCUUCAUAAAAAGACGUGCCAUGCUGUGUCUUAAUAUUGGUUUUUACGUGUGAUCAGUAACCCCUUCGAUAUGAGGACGACUUCGCAAUCAAUAAAGGCCAUGGGAAGCUAACUACAAAAUCUGACAAAAAGUACAGAAGGAAUCUAACAACAAAACCAGAAAACACUGGGUGAGGAUCAAGAAAACGAGUUCCGGAUCCCAUCAUGUCCAGCAGAACUCUUUCCCAGGGCCGGCCGCCCAUCUUCUUCAUGUUACCGGCGGGGCAACAGCAUGGCAAGUUGGGCGGGGCUAUCGCCGUCAUGGGAGACGCCGUGAAGAUUCUUGGCUUGACACAAUUCCUUACAGCAAUUCCCUGCAUUGCUCUGGGUGUGGCAGCACUGCUGUUCGAAUGCCAGUAUGGAUACAUCGCCACUGGCAUAUGGGUUGGAGCAAUUGUUUUAGUGUCUGGUUUGUUGGGAGUUUCUGCUGGAUCAAGUAAGGAACAAUGCCCACUGUCCUCCUAUCACAUGAUGUCGCUCCUCAAUAUCUUAUCCGGCACAGCGCUCUUAACAAUCCAUGUUCUCUCUCUGCUUCGGGAGUUGGCGAAUUGUGCAGACACGACAAAAACAUGUUCAGCUCUUUGCGUGACCUUUAACAAUUUGCUUGGGUGCAUCGGUUUGGUGCUGUUCUUCCUUGCUCUUGCAGCAGCCGUUGUCAGCAUGACUCUCAACAACAAAGUAGGAAAAUGUAAAGAGCAGGUUGUUCCGUUGAUGCCCUACCCAGUACGGCACGGUAAUCGGUCUGUCACGAAGUCAAUAAAAGGAACAGAAGCAGAACAAAAUGGGGAAGUCACACGCGGCGAUAUUCAUCUGCAAAAUCUUAACUUCAGUGACGAAAACUUCCAGUUUGCUUGAAACAAAAGAUGAGAGGUCGAUUUUGCAUUAUUAGGUUAAUUCCGACGAUGUGUUUAUGUAUUUCAUAAGUCGUUAUGCUUACUGCAGAUCAAGCGAGUGCUAGACACUCCAACCUGUUUCGAAACAAAUCCUUUUUUUACCUUUGAUGGGGAAAAGGUAGAUGACUUAACUGAUACAUGUACAUUAGAAAUAAUUAGUUAGCCCCUAAAUCGUUGCACCUAAACCGUAUUUCUUACCCAAUUUGGACCUUGUCGAAGCACAGGCAAAACUGAACACAACUUUCGGAGCAUUACUAAACAUUUGAACCUGUACUCACGAUUUUCAUCAGCAUGUAUUUGUGGAAAUUAUUAUUUUGUUCAAAUUGGUUACUCAGGAUCCUUCCCACAGCAUUAAGUGGAAUCCACAUGUAUGAACGAACAAUAAACACCAACCUCGUACUUUCAAUUGUCCACGUUUGUAAAUUUUAUUUUUCUAAAAAUGACAAAGCUGAUAUAGGAAAAUGUACCUUCCAAAGUAAAAGUAUAAAGUUGCUAGGUGAAAAUACAAGUGACUAAGUAAUAUAAAUGUAUAUAUUUUGAGAAAAAGAUGUGAUUAUUAAUUUCAACAGCAAUAAGGGAAUCCGUGAUUUAGCAAGGGUAAUUUCGUUUUGUGCUUCAGGGGCCAAUUUCAAAGAGCUGCUUAAGCACAAAAUUUGCUUAAGCGUGAAAAAAACUUGCUUGAUAAAUCAAGU